GCGUCUGGGGGCGUCCCCACGCCCCGUUUCGGGUUAUAAAAGGCUGUGUCCUCCCGGCACCUGCUCCUCCUCCAGGAGUCCCAGUCCCAGACCCGGGAGCAUGGCGGCUCCGAGGGCCUGGCUCCUGUGCCUGUUGCUGCUGGGCCUUGUCCUGCUGGGGGCCGCAAGCCGGGCUCACCAGCACUCCAUGGAGACCCGGACCCCGGACAUCGAUCCUGCCUGGUAUGUGGGCCGCAGGAUCAGGCCGGUGGGCCGCUUCGGCCGGAGGAGAGCAGCCCUGCCGGAUGUCCCCAGGCUGGGCCUGCGGUGCCAGCUGGUCUGCCUGCCCUUGGAGGGGGACGCUAAGUCCCUCCAGCAUGGAUGAUCGCCCGGCUCCACCGC